AUGGCACAGAGACCAGUGAUGUCCCCUCAGGUAAACCUCUCUGGGGACCCACUCCUUAAUGUAAUGAUAGCCUAUGGCAGCAAGACUGAGCUGUUGCUCGACCUGAUCAAGACGAUGACGGCCGAGAGCUUGGAGGCGGAAAACAUGUUUGGCGACACGGCGCUUCACGUUGCAGCGGCCAACAAUAGAUUGGCGGUGGCCACUGCCCUCAUUAAGAAAAAUCCCCCUCUCAUUGAGUGGAGAAACAAGAAACUUGAGACACCACUCCUGAAGGCCGCUCUUUCUGGUAGUGUCGCUACUUUCCGCAAGCUGGUAAAAUGUGACAGCAACAUCUUCUGCAGAACUAUAUCCGGGGAAAAUGUUCUUCACUAUGCCAUACUGGGCAAUAAUCCAGAACUCGCCUUAGAGAUAGCACAAGAAUUUGAACAUUAUCCACAAUUGAAAUAUGCUAGGAAUUCACAGGCAUUGACCCCUUUACAACUUUUGGUCACUAUUCCACAAGCAUUUCGAAACAGUUUGGAGUUAGGACCGGCAGAAUCAUUUAUUUAUACAUUGUUCAAAAGGGUAGAGGAGCUUGAGAUACUAAAGAAAAAUCAUAUACAAACCAUGAAGCUUCUUGAAUACCUUGCAAAAGAUGGGAUGUACUGGGAUUUAUUCAUUUUUUUAAUUAAAGAACUUCUGAAAGUAACUGAGAGUGUAGUAGAGAAACGUAUUAGAGAACCAACAAGAUGGUCUGAAUCACUUCACAAAGUGAUUAAAGAACUUCUGGAGCUAACCGAUAGCCUAGCAAAGGAACCAAUAAGAGCAGCGACAAGAUGGACCGAUUCACCUCUCAUAGUAGGUGCCAAGAUGGGGCUACAUGAUUUUGUAGAACAAAUUUUGAAGGUACAUCCACAAUCAGCUCGGCUCAAAGACUCAGAAGGGAGAAAUGUCCUACAAGUUGCGAUUAAACACGGGCAUGUGAAGAUUGUGAAGCUUAUAGCUGGGAUGAUAUCAGGACCUAAUCCGACGUUGCCAUCUUGGUUGCUGUGGGACAUUGAAGAUGACGCUAUGAAAAACACUAUCCUGCAUUAUGCUGCUGAAACAACCAUCAAAAGAGAAGGGUUUGCACUGCAGAUGCAGCACGAGAUCAAAUGGUUCGAGAUGGUGAAGAAACUGCUCCCAAAGAUUUGGUGA